UCGGUGCUUACGAUUUUCCAUGGGAACACUGAAGGCAAGGCUUUCAAUCCUUCCCACCACACCUCAUUCGACAUGGCCCGUGCGUCCAUGUCUUCAUCAAGGUCUGCCGAGAAACGUACUCAAGACAGCGAUACCCAUGAGAAGGAGGGACCAGCCCAGGACUCGCAGAAAGCGGCGACUGAAGAUGACUGGGAAUCGGAUCCAGACAAUGCAAGGAAUUGGUCACGGCGGAAAAAAUGGACCACUGUAGUUGUGGUUGCUUUGUAUACGAUGGUACCGACGUUGGGAAGCUCCAUGAUGGCGCCAGGUUUACCGAAUGUCGCAUCGAAGUAUAAUCUGCACUCGGACACGCUAGUAUCGUUGACUUUGAGUAUCUUCUUACUGUCGUUCGCGAUUGGGCCUUUGUUUUUGGCACCACUUUCUGAGAUGUAUGGAAGAACAUGGGUUUACCACAUCACCAACAUCUUCUCGAUUGGUUUCAACCUUGGAUGUGCAUUCUCACCGAACGUAAACACAUUGAUCGGGUUCAGAUUUCUUUUCGGGUUCACUGGUGCUGCACCACUUGCGAUUGGGGGUGGAUCCAUUGGCGACAUGUUCGCACCACAUGAACGUGCCUCCGCUAUGGCGAUUUACACCCUUGGUCCUCUUAUGGGACCUGUAAUUGGGCCCGUAGCUGGAGGUUAUAUCACCCAAGCUGCUGGUAUCAAGUGGGUGUUCAUUGCAAUUGCCUGUACUUGCAGCCUAGCGAGUGUCAUUGGCAUACCCCUCUUGCGAGAAACAUAUGCACCUGUUAUUCGUCGUCGGAAGGCUAAACGCAAUGGAGACUCGGAAAAGGCCCUUGAGGCUAUUGACCCGUUGCAAAGCGUCGGUGUGUGGGAGUAUAUUUGGAUCAAUAUGUCACGGCCUGUGGUGCUCCUGUGUAAGAGCUUUAUAUGCUUCAUCCUCAGUUUAUACAUGGGAUUCUUGUAUGGCGUGUACUAUCUCAUGUUCGCGACGUUUUCCUCUCUUUUCAUAGACGUUUAUGGAUUUGGGACUGGCGCUGGUGGACUUGCGUAUCUCGGGCUGGGUGUUGGUUUUCUAAUUGCAACGUUAGCUUCUGCACGAUUUGCGGACCAAACGUACCAAUACCUUGCUCGGAAGAAUGGUGGCAAGGGCACUCCAGAAAUGCGUAUGCCAGUUCUGUUCGUUGGUUCUUUGUUUGUCCCCAUUGGCUUGUUCUGGUACGGGUGGUCGGCCCAAGCUAAAUUACAUUGGAUCAUGCCCAUCAUCGGCACGGGACUUUUUGCGGUUGGUUUGAAUGCCAUAUACCUCCCUAUCUCUCUAUAUUUGGUAGAUGCAUUCAAAUACGCUGCAAGCGCACUUGGUGCAGCAGCGGUUUUACGUUCCAUACUUGGGUUUGCAUUUCCGCUCUUCGGAAAUCAAAUGUUUGAUGCUCUUGGAAUGGGUGGAGGAAAUUCGCUGCUGGGAGGACUCGCUAUCGUUCUAGGUAUUCCAUUCCCAGUGUGGAUAUAUUAUAAAGGCGAAUCGCUGAGGGCCAAGAGUGACUUUACUCGAUGAUCACGGUCGCUCGAGUCAAAGAGAGAUCAGACUGAGGGUAGUCGACGAACGAGAGUUUCAUUGGUUGCACAAAUAUCGCGAUACAAAGGUGCAAUAGACUCUUCGAAUGUCUCUACUUGAACCCCCUACUCAAUCGCCACGAUCAGAGAUGUAGCCUUCUCUGAACGAGCGCGGACUUCAAAAUUGAACGGCGCAAUGCCACUAUAUAGAUAAAUUAGAGUAGUUCUUGAACUUGACAAUUUGAAAGGUUGACGAACGUG